UCGUGGAAAGAAAUCCCGCCUGUGUUGGCUUCUUUGACGUACUUUUCGCUGCAAGAAAAGAGACCAUGGAGAAUUGGUCGCUGCUGUUAUAUUUUCUAUCUUUGCUGAUUUCAUUUCAGGUGUAUGGGAACCAUACCUGGCUGUACAAACAUCCAGGGUUUGAUGUUCUAGCCCAGGCAUCCCACUAUUGGCCUCUGGGGAUGGUGGAAGGAAUCCAUGAGUUGCGGGACACAAACGGAGCUCUAAGAAUCCACAACUUCACUGUGCUUCCUUCCCAUAAUGCUACUUUUGUAUAUACCAAUGAUUCUGCCUACUCUAACUUCUCUGCAACUGUAGAUAUAGUAGAAGGAAUGGUGAACAAGGGAAUUUGCAUCCCAGAUCCAACAGGAGUAAUGUUUUUCCUCUUCGGAAGCUACCAAAACUCUUGCAUUAUUAAUCCAGAACGUUGUGAACCUGAAGGUGUAACGUUUUCUUUUUUCUGGAAGACAAAGGCUCAGCAAGCCAAUGCUCCCCCAGCAUAUGGCGAUCAGGUACUUUCCAGUGGGUUCAAGAUCUCCUUCAGUGAAGGCAAAGGAUUCGUGGAACUGUACAACCACCAGCAUUCGUGGAAGUGGGAGGCAAGUUUCAUCCCAUCAGAUCCCUACUGGACUCAUGUCCUCUUCACCUGGAAAUCUCAGGAUGGUUUAAAAGUGUACGUCAAUGGAACCUUGCACACCGCUGAUCCUAACGGGAAAGUUUCCUACAGCUAUGCGGACUCGAAUUCAAAUAUGUUGACGGGAUCAGAGGGUGACCAGACUGGGCGUUAUGCUAACGGGGUUUUUGAUGAAUUUAUCAUAUGGGAAAGAGUGCUGACACCUAAGGAGGUUGAACAGUAUUUUGCAGCUGCUGUAGCUCCAUGGGGCCAGCCGAUGACGGAAACGCUUCCAAAGCUGUCCAGAAAUGCCUACCAACCCAUCAUAAGUAAUCUUACGGAGGAGAGAGGCAACUUCCUUUACCCCGGUGCCAUGCUGGACUACUUGGAAAACAUUUCCCUUGCGUUACCCAAUGAAUCCCUCUCAGCAGAGACCGCCUUUAAUCUUACUGAGGUUUUCUUGCAAACCAUAAAAGAUGUGCUGUCUUUACCCAGCUGGAUUGAUAUCAUGGAGAUGGCACCCGUUGCAGGAGCUUUGGUGGAAACAGUGGACAACGUGAUGUCACAUGUGGCCCGCAAUCUGGGAGGAAGCCUGUCGGGCGUCGCUUUUGAUGGAGCGUCAUCCGUGGCAGAUUAUUCUUUGGUCAAGAAGCCUCUUCAGCACCUGAACAUGUCUCACUAUCGCUUCCCCUUGCGAGGGCAGAGUUAUAUUUCAAUCCCUGGCGAAGCUUUCCAAGCCAAAGCUUGGAUUACCAUCGUGGGGCUUCUCUACCACACUAUGCACCAAUAUUUCCGCAGUAUCAAACCUAUGGAGACCAAGAUCCCGGAAGCUGCUUCCUGCAAAGAUUGCAUGAUCUCAGCAGCCAGCUACCUUAUUUCCCUGAAAGUGGAGCCCCCACCGACUCUGUCCCCAAACCUGUCCGGUUCCCCUCUGAUCACCAUCCAUUUGACACACAAACUGACUGCUCUCCAGUACAGCCAAGUGGUGAACAAAGGCAACCAAGUGAAACUUUAUUGUGCUUUUUUGGAUUACAGCAACGGGAGUGGCAUCUGGUCCAACGAAGGCUGCGUGCGUGAGGACGGCAACCUCAACUACUCCAUCUGCUUAUGUAACCACCUGACCAACUUUGCCAUUUUGAUGCAAGUUGUCCCAAUAAAGCUACCAAUUGGGCACCAGAUGGCGCUAACCUCCAUCAGUUACAUCGGCUGUUCUCUGUCCAUCUUUUGCUUGACUAUCACGCUGGUCACGUUCGCUGUUCUGUCCUCCGUCAGCACCAUCCGUAACCAGCGCUACCACAUCCAUGCCAACCUGUCGUUCGCCAUCUUGGUGGCUCAGAUCCUGCUGCUUAUCAGUUUCCAUUUAAGUCCUGGAACGGUUCCUUGUAAAAUCUUGGCGAUUCUCCUCCACUUCUUCUUCCUGAGUGCUUUUGCUUGGAUGCUGGUGGAAGGCUUUCACCUGUACAGUAUGGUAAUCAAAGUGUUUGGAUCAGAAGAAAGCAAGCAUUUCUACUACUACGGAAUUGGGUGGGGCUGCCCGCUGCUGAUUUGUGUUGUCUCGGUAACUUCAGCUGUGGAAAGCUACGGAGAAAACGGCAACUGCUGGCUUUCCCUGGAGAAUGGUGCAAUCUGGGCUUUCGUGGCUCCAGCUCUGUUCGUAAUAGUGGUCAAUAUCUGCAUCCUCAUAGCCGUCACAAGAGUCAUAUCACGAAUAAGCUCCGACAACUACAAGGUGCAUGGAGAUGCCAACGCAUUCAAGUUGACGGCCAAAGCGGUGGCGGUCCUACUGCCGAUACUGGGAAGCUCCUGGAUCUUUGGCGUUCUGGCUGUCAAUGACCACGCCUUGGUGUUCCAGUACAUGUUUGCGAUAUUCAACUCCUUGCAAGGGUUCUUCAUCUUCCUAUUUCACUGUCUUCUGAACUCAGAGGUGAGAGCCGCCUUCAAGCACAAAACCAAAGUCUGGUCCCUCACCAGCAGUUCCAUGCGCAACAUCAACGUGAAGCCUUUCAACUCUGAUAUCGUAACCGGGAACAGGCCAGGAACCAACCCUACGAAACUGAAUACUUGGGACAAGAGCACCAAUUCAGCGAAUAGGAUUGAUCUCUCCGCGGUCUGA